CCCAGGGGCAAUAGAAGGACAACAAAAGAAGGAGACAGUGAUUUGAAAUUCCAGAACUUCAGUCUGUCGAAAAAUAGGUCGUGGCCUCGAAUAAACACUGUCACAGGCCAGUACCAGACUAUUCGUGAGCCUCUUCUUGAUUGGGAAAGAAACUUCUCAACAGUUCGGGAUGAAGCAGAAGGCUGCAGGGAUGAGGACUAUGAAGACCCCGAGCUUCACAUGGCACAGAUGUGGCAAACCAUGAGAAUCUUGCCCACCCAGCCCCUAAAGGAGUCGGAUUAUGCAGAUACGCGCUAUUUUAUUGAUACACCCCUUUCUUUCUACACCAACAACUCUGUCGCCAUGGAUGGACAAGCUUGGAAGACACGAAUGGGACUGAAAGAAGUGGAGAGACCCAUUGCCAAGGACUUCAGAAACCAACAUGGAAACGGAGAUCACCCCAUGAGGGAAAAUAAGGGAAGGAUUCCUUUACCUCCUCCUCGGCCUCCUGUCACCCUUCCCAAGAGGUACCAGCCCCUUCCUCCAGAGCCCGAGAGCAGCAGGCCAUCCCUCCCUCUGAGACACACCAUCCCUGUCCCUGAAUGCCCCCGCCAGCCCAGUCAGAUAAACUUAAAGAACUUAAGUGAGGAUACCCUGCAUGGUGAGUGGUACAUUGGAGAGCACAGUCGCCAGGCAGUGGAGGAGGCACUGAUGAAAGAGAACAAGGAUGGCACUUUCCUGGUUCGGGAUUGUUCAAAAAAAUCCCGGGCAGAACCCUACGUGCUCGCUGUGUUUUAUGGAAACAAAGUCUACAACGUGAAGAUCCGCUUCCUGGAGAGGAGCCUGCAGUUUGCUCUGGGGACAGGACUUCGUGGGGACGAGAAGUUUAAUUCUGUGGAGGCCAUCAUUGAACACUACAAGCAUUCCCCCAUCAUACUCAUUGAUGGGAAGGAUAAAACCGGCUUUCACAGGGAACAAUGCUACCUGACCCAGCCUCUCCCUUUCAGAAGACACUUCUCACCUCGUGCACAUGCUCACUGGGCCCAGGCCACACAAGCCAUGUUCUCAGAAAAUAUCUGUGUCACUUCAAACUGGUUCCGCUUUAUCUCUGACUUCACGGUCGUGAAGUCACAUCACAGUGGUGCACAUCAUAAUGUUCAUUGUGACAUCACAAUCGUGAAUAAUGAUGUCACGAUGGACGUCACAGUGGUGCACAAAAUAAUGUCCAUCACUAAAUAUGACAUCAGAAUGCUGCGCAUCAUAACUGGAUUUUGUGACAUCACAAUCAUGAGUUAUGACCUCAUCAUGGCGUGCAUCUUAGUUCCAUUGUGGCAUCACAAUCCUGAAUUUUCACCUCACUUUGAUGUCACGACUACGCAUUACGACAUCGAAAUCAUGCAUUAUCACAGCACAAAGAUGUGCAUCAUAAUGUCUAUUAUGAUGCCACAAUCAUGA